GGGGAUUCUUUUUCUUUCAUUUUAGAGUAAUCGAUGUAAUUAUUUUCGUUUUGCUACCGGUGUUUGGUGGCCUCUUCUGGAAGUUAGUGGUACUGAACACUCACGUCCCUUUCUCUUGACCCGGAAGUUGAUUGAUCUUUCCGGGCUGUACACAUGUGAGAGCCCUUCAAGUCUACCAUGGGGAAGUCAAAACAAACAAGAAACCACAAUAAUGGCAGAAAGAAGAACAUUGCAAAGACGUGGAAGACCAAGCGCAGGACCAAAGACUUGGAUCAGAUCCAUUCAGACAUGAAACCAGAGACUGCAGCCAAACUGCUUAAUCAGGAAGUGGACUAUGAUGUGACAGGAUGCGCCCAGCACUACUGUUUACACUGCGCGAGAUAUUUUGUGGAUAUGAAAUCUUUGAAAGACCACUUCAAGAGUAAAGUCCACAAGAAACGUUUGAAAGAGCUCAGGGAAGAACCCUACACCCAGGAAGAGGCGGAAAGAGCAGCAGGGAUGGGCUCUUAUAUCCCUCCCAAAACAGUGGAGGUGAAGACGCAAGAUGUGGAAGAAGACAUGAGCUGAAAGCAGCAUGAACUGACACAUGGAUAAAAAAACAACUUCUACAGGACUCAAUUUUUUUCUGCCACUAUCAUCUAUUUGCAGCCAGUUGUUGCAAAAAGUGCCUAAUAAUCAGGCACAUAUCAUAUAAUCCUGGAUUAUAUACAUUGUUGCUCAUGUAAGUAAAUAUGGAGAAAACUAUGUGGAAUGCUAAUAAACCCAGAUUGCUUUUACACAGAUAACAAGAAAUUGAUAAACCUGUGUUGUCUGUGACACAUUUGAUUAAUAUACUGACUCAAGUGACGGAUGAAUAUUGGGAUUGUAUCCUGGUGUCCACACAGCUAUCUUUGAUAAUACUGUAAAAUGAAACACAAUACACUGAAA